AUGUCUGCCGUCGCAACCGAGGAUUCGCUGUCGCCGUUGAUCCAGAAAUGGCUGGAGUGGGACCAAGAUCCUGCCACGCGUGCGGAAAUUGAGCAGCUGCGAGAUACUGGAGCAGUCAAAGAACUAGAACUACGCCUCCAAAACCGCAUCCAAUUCGGAACGGCUGGCCUCCGGGGCCGGAUGGCAGCAGGAUUCUCCUGCAUGAAUUCUUUGACUGUUAUCCAGGCAUCCCAGGGUCUAGCCAGAUAUCUGAAAGACAAACAUUCCGACAUUGCAUCUGGCGGUGUGGUCAUUGGCCAUGAUGCUCGGUACAACUCGGCCAAAUUCGCAGCUCUCGCAGCAAAUGCUUUCAUUGCCCUAGAGAUCCCUGUUUGGUUCUACCCCCAGCCUUCGGUGACACCAUCGGUCCCCUUUGGUGUAACACACCUGCAUGCUGCAGCAGGAAUCAUGGUUACUGCAAGUCACGUAGGUCUUCUCUACUUCAAGAAUGGGGCGCAAAUCAACACCCCCAUGGACGUAGAAAUCGCCCAAUCAAUCGAGGAAAAUCUGGUCCCUUGGGCUGGUGCCUGGAAGGAACAGCAGCCCAGCGAAUAUCUCCACACUGAUGCAUACCAGAAGAUCCUGCCGGAAUAUACGAAGAAAGUCUGGCAUUAUGCUAAAUCCACCGUAAACGAAUGGGGACCUCCGAGCCCUUUUGUGUAUACUCCGUUGCACGGGGUGGGUGGCUUGGUUUUUCCGGAUCUGUGUCAAUCUGUGGGAAUCAACAACCUCUCCCCCGUAGCAGAACAGAUCAAGCCCGAUCCAGACUUCCCCACAGUAUCAUUCCCAAACCCCGAAGAAGCCGGGGCCUUGGAUCUUGCCAUGCAAACAGCCGAUAAGGAGGGGAAAUCUCUCAUUGUUGCCCAUGAUCCAGAUGCGGACCGGUUUGCGGCAGCUGAGAAAGUCAAUGGUUCUUGGUUCCCUUUCACGGGAAAUCAUGUCGGGGUGCUCCUGGCAUCACACCUCUUUGAGUCUCUGGAGGCCCGAGAGGACAAGUCCCGUAUUGCCGUUCUGAACUCCACGGUUUCCACGGGUAUGCUAGAGAAAAUGGCAACAGCUAAAGGAAUUCGUUUCCAAGAAUCCUUGACGGGCUUCAAAUGGAUGGGUAAUAUCUCGCGUAAACUUGAGGACGAAGGAUACUACGUUCCGUAUGCAUUUGAAGAAGCCCUCGGGUACAUGUUUCCGGAGGUCUGCUACGACAAGGAUGGCAUUACUGCCGCGAUGGUCUUCCUGGCAGCGGAGGCAAAAUGGAGGUCCCAGGGACUUACGCCCUACACCAAACUACAGCAACUCUUCAAGGAGUUUGGCCACUUUGAGACUCUCAACACCUAUUUCCGAUCCCCCAAUCCAGCUACGACGGCUAGCUUGUUCAAAGCCAUCAGGGGCGGGCCCUACCAGUCCGAGAAAUCUCUAGGGCCAUUCAAGAUCCUGAGGUGGCGAGAUAUGACGGAAGGCUACGAUUCGGGGACUCAAGACAACAAACCGACGCUGCCUGUGGAUAGUUCCAGUCAUAUGUUGACCUUGUGGCUUGAUCGGGAUGUCCGGUUCACCAUCCGAGCGUCAGGCACGGAGCCCAAAGUAAAGGUAUACAUUGAAAGCUGCGGUGCGUCUCGCGAACAGGCAACGACUGCUGUUUGUGAUACUUUCUUGGCCGUGCUGAAGGAAUGGAUCCAGCCUUCUGCCCCGUCAAUGACAUACAGCAAACAGCUGCCCACCUCCUCUGGACAUGUAUACACGGUUCCAGAGUAA